AUGACCACAGUUAUCAUCGCUGUUCUCGCCGUCCUUGCGGCCCUUGGGCUAGGUAUAGCAACUUGGCUGGGACUUCGGCAGAGGGUUCAGUCAUCGCGGCUGGCGAUGGCCAACGAGACGGCCGGAGACCUUACCGCUCAGGCUCAGGAAGAAAGCCGAAAAAUCGUGCUGGCAGCUCAGGAGGAGGUUCUGAAGCUGCGCAAUGAGACUGAGUCGGAAAUCAAGGAGCAACGCCGGGAGCUCACCCGCUUGGAAGACAGGCACAUGCAGCGGGAAGAGCAACUGGAACGCAAGAUAGAGGCGCAGGACAACCGGCAAGCUGAACUUGCCGACAGAGAAACGCAAAUCGACGAGAUUCGCAAAGAGGUCGAGGAGUUAAGGGCAGAGCAGGCCAAAAUGCUGGAACGGAUUGCCGGACUCACUGUUGAGGAAGCAAGGGAGACCGUGGUGAGGCGCGGCGAAGAGGACGCUCAGCACGAUCUGGCGCGACGGUACUACGACCUUGAGCGGGACAACAAGGAGCGGGCAGACGAGAACGCCCGCAAGAUCAUAGCCGUUGCCAUAAACAGACUGGCUUCGGACGUGGUUUCGGAAAGCACGACUUCAGUGGUAUCCCUGCCCAAUGAUGAGAUGAAGGGCCGUCUCAUCGGUCGCGAGGGACGCAACAUCAGGACGCUGGAAUCGUUAACCGGCGUGGACGUCAUCAUCGACGACACACCGGAGGCAGUGACGGUUUCCUGCUUCGACCCGGUGCGGAGAGAAGUCGCACGCCUGGCCCUGGAGAAACUGGUCUCAGACGGGCGCAUCCAACCCGCCCGCAUUGAGGACAUGGUUAACCGCGCCCAGGGCGAGAUUGACCAGACGAUAAUGAAGGCUGGCGAACAGGCCACCUUCGAUGUUGGAGUCAGCGGAUUGGACCGGGAGCUGGUCCGGUUACUGGGACAGCUGAAGUACCGGUAUAGUUACGGAGAAAACGUGCUCCAGCACUCGAUCGAGGUGGGCCUGCUGGCCGGGAUGCUGGCCGCCGAGUCAGGAGCCAAUGUGCAGGUGGCCAAGGUUGGCGGCCUGCUCCACGAUAUCGGCAAGGCGCUAACCCACGAGGUAUCCGGCCCACAUGCUGAAAUCGGCGCCGAAAUUGCCAAACGGCACGGCAUCAACCACAGCUCCUAUCGAGGAAUCCUGGAACACCACUGGGAUGAACACGAGACCGUGGAAUCAUUCUUGGUGGCUGCCGCGGACGCCAUCAGCGCCGCUCGUCCGGGCGCGCGCAAGGAGUCUCUGGAGCAGUACGUCAAGCGCCUCCGCGAACUGGAGGCGGUGGCAGCGGGCUUCGAGGGAGUAGAGCGGACGUUCGCGAUCCAGGCCGGCCGGGAAGUGCGGGUAAUGGUCAAGCCCGAGGACAUGGAUGACGUAAAGGCCGCGUCGCUCGCCCGCAACAUCGCGAGGAAAGUGGAGGAAGACCUGGUAUUUCCAGGCCAGAUCAAGGUAACUGUUAUCCGCGAAACCCGGAGCGUGGAGUAUGCCCGCUAG